AUGACAAAUAGGGCAGAAUUACUUGCCAAUGGCAAAGUUUCCCAAACUGUCUCUCUUCCUGAUCAAAGCCAGUUUAUAUCAGCAAUGAUUCCUAACUUGGCUUUUGGAGAAAACAUCAACACAAGCAGUAAUGAGGAUAUAGAUAUCAUUGACAGUACUGAAGAUGAUAAGCCCAUGUACGAUGUUGGAGAAGAAUGUGAGAAUGACAUUGACGAAAUUGAAGACACUACACCCUUGCUAGGCUUUGAUUUUAGCCAGCCUCUUCCUGUUCUCAGCAACAAUGAGAAAAAGAAUCUCGCGUUCAUGCAGUUGAUCCAAGAGUUCGGAAUUUCUUGUCAAGCCCACAAAAAGAUUGUAGAACACUUCAACCAGAUUUUUAAUUGUUCUAUCAAUAUUACAUACCAAGCAUGCAGCCCACACCUUGAAAACAAGCUUCUUGAGCACUUCUUGGGUAUCAAAGCAGACGGAUACAACAUUUGCAUCAGAGAUUGUAUGCAGUUCAAUAACAAGAAUGAUAUUGCAUGCGUAAAAUGUGGUGAAGCAAGAUACAGAAAUGGCCAAACUAGCAAAAGUGAUACCAGGGUUCCUGUGAGAUCAAUUGUACAGCUUCCUUUGGCCAGACAGCUUGCUUUGUGUUUGGCUGAUGACAAGACCAGGGCUGAAAUGCUCUAUCAUCAUAACCACCAAUCUAGCCAAGACGGACAGAAAGCAGAUAUUUUCAAUGGUCAUGUAUACCAAUCUAUGAAGCAUCUGUUUUCUGGUGAAAACAAUAUUGCGAUUUCGUUGUCCAUAGAUGGGUUCAACUCACACAAUGUAUCUGGAUCAGUAACUAUUAUUCAUGCAACUGUCUUGAACUUGAGUCCAACAAUCCAUUAUGAGAAAAACAGAAUGAUCCAAAUAGCAAUGCUUCCUGGUCGUACUGGUCCCAGAGACAUCUGGUUUUUUCUUGAACCAAUGCUGAGAGAUCCCUGUUUGCUCCAGACAGAAGGCAUAGAAGUAAAGACACUAACAAUGACAAUCAGAGCAAAGAUGCAUGUCCUCAUGGCCACUGGUGAUAUUCUGGCUCUGGCAAAGCUGGCAUGCCAUGUUGACCACACAAUGGGCCAAACUCCUAAACAUGACCAGUACUUCCGCAUGUUGCUUGGAACCCAGACGUGCUCACUGGAGAGUUUCAGAAACUACAAUCUGGCAAGCAGUGAAGACAGAAAGGGACUCAAUGGUCAGUUACUGUUAGUCGUAAUGGAAACAUUCUCUGACCCGUUUUUUUUUGUGUUAGACGAGAUACAUGGUCUGUGCCACGGAAUUGAUAAACAAUAUGGAAUCAAGCAUCCUCUAUAUCUUUCUCUUGCAACUCAAAGAGAGAUUGGUGCUGCAAUGGUAGCUGCAAAAUCUACAAUACCUACAUCAUUGCAUGGUGUCUGGAGAGAUGUGACAAAGAAUGCCAGUUUUUUUAGAACUGUAGAUUGGGCAGACUUUUUACUCUUUGUUGUCCCCACAUUGGUUGCAGAGCAUGUCCUAGACUCGGUUACCCAAAAGGCAUUACUUGGCCUGGUUCAAACAUGCAAUUUACUCAUGAGCUGGGAGUUAUCAGCAGAGAAUCAAACCUUGAUGAGAAGUCAUCACUGGAAAAAUAGGGUAAUUUCAUCUGGAUCAAAUGUACCAAAAAUGUAG